AUGCCCACUUCAUACACGUCCUUUCGUCAAGUUACGCCUCUCAAGGAAUUUUUACAACGCUACGAUCACCUAACAGCGGGGCAAAAGAUGGAUGACGUUUGCGAAAGAAUCGGCGGUCGCGUUGUGAGCCUGCGGUAUAUGGGUCGUAUACUAUUCCUGACCAUCCACGGCGACAACCACUCUCUGCAGGUGGUGCGUCAGGUAGACCACGACUUUCAUAAGGACGACCUUAAAAAGUUAAAAACCACCCUCCGAACCGGAGAUAUCAUCGGCGCCGUCGGGGUUCCCGCUCGUACCGAAAAAGGGGAGCUGUCCCUGUACGCCAAAGAACUUGUUAUCCUGGCCCCUUACGUGUGCACCGACCAGUCCAUCUGUCCCAACCUCAAAGGAUUCCUCCCCAUCGUCGACGGCGACCUGAAGUACCGUUACCGCUUUCUCGACAUGCUCACGAGCCCGACCCUGCCGCGGAACUUGCGCCAGCGUCAUGCCGCCCUCAGGGCCCUGCGGGGCUACCUGGACGAACUCGGCUUCGUGGAGGUGGAGACACCCGUCCUGCACGAGGUGCCCUCCGGCGCCAACGCCCGACCCUUCCUCACCCACCACCAUGACACUAACCACAGCCUGUGCCUCCGCGUCGCGCCGGAGCUCCACCUCAAGCAGUGCGUCGUGGGGGGGAUGGAGCGGGUGUACGAGAUCGGCCGUGUCUUCCGCAACGAGGACGCCGAUCGCCGUCACAACCCCGAGUUCACCAGCUGCGAGAUCUACGCGGCCUACCACACCUAUGAGGACCUCAUGGGGAUGACGGAGGCCAUCCUGCGACACCUGGCACAGCGGGUGAACGGGGCCACCACCCUGAACUUGCCCUCAGGGGAGGGGGGUCGACAGCGGGUCCAGGUGGAGCUAAUGCGGCCGUUUCAUCGGGUAAGCGCCUACGACGAGAUCCAGCGUGUGGUGGGGGUGGAGCUGCCACCGCCUUUGGAGCUCAACACACCAAGAGGCCUCGCCUAUAUGGCAGCGAUUAUGCUUCGACAUGACAUUCCCCUUCCGCCUGUAAGAACAGCGGCGCAGAUGUUCAAUAAACUUAUCGACUUCUUUAUAGUUAAACGAGUUGUGGAGCCGACCUUUGUGAUCGAUCACCCUUUGUUUAUGAGCCCCAUGGCGAAGGAACACGACUCGCGUCCGGGGCUGUCAGAGCGGUUCGAGUUGUUUAUCAACGGUAUGGAGAUCUGCAAUGCGUACAGUGAGCUGAACAACCCGCACGAACAGUAUUACCGCUUUCAGCAGCAACUUUUAGACAGACAACAAGGUGAUGACGAGACAAUGGUGUUAGAUGCUGUAUUCCUCAAAGCCCUACAGGUAGGUCUUCCGCCAACAGCAGGCUGGGGCAUGGGCAUCGACCGCAUGAUGAUGCUCCUUAACGGCUCCUCCAGUAUUCGAGAUGAAGUUAUUUUUCCGCUUCUGAGAAAAGAUGUCGAUUCACGAGACGCCAAGCAGCGACGUAAAACGGCAUCUUAUUUCGGCUUUAACUCACAUCUGACGCUUUUCUGCUUAAGUGCGCUUGAAGAUGAAAUGAUAAAGUGCAGUGUGCCGCGGGAUUUUUCGGAUAAAAUCAGGCAGCUGCGUAAGUGCAUUCACACCAUGAGGGAGGUUGCACAGCACGACACAGUGGAUUCCGUUGGAGCGAUGACUCAAUUUUCGAUGAGUGGUUGGCGUUAUGAAGCAGCCAUGAAGAUAUUAGAAAUUGUAUGUGGCCAUAAUAAUUGGUGA